AUGUCUACCAGAGCAGUCGCACAUCUUCCUCCUACGCCACCCUCAGAACCUAGCACCAUGACGGCGACAGCACCAACAUCAGCAUCCAUGGAACAGACGAAACAUAUCUGGGUUAUAACAGGGCCGGCAGGAUGCGGAAAGACUUCUGUGGCCGAACACCUACAUCAACAACUAUCACUACCAUAUCUUGAAGGCGAUACUUUCCACACGCCCGAGAACGUCCAAAAAAUGGCCGACGGCCAACCCCUCACAGACGCCGACAGAUGGGACUGGCUAAUCCUCCUCCGCGAACAAUCCAUCCUGACCCUCUCCAAACCCACCUCCACCAGCACAACCACAACCUCAACCCCAUCCGGCGUAAUAGUAACCUGCUCCGCCCUGAAACGCAAAUACCGCGACGUCCUACGCAUCGCGACCUACCACCGCCCGGACAUAAAAGUGCACUUCGUCUUCCUCCAAGCCUCCGAGUCAGCGCUGAUGGAUCGUGUACGGGGGAGGCAGAACCAUUAUAUGAAGGACUAUAUGGUGCAUUCUCAAUUUCAGAGUUUGGAGGCGCCGAUGGAGGAUGAGUUGGGGAAUGAUGUUCUGGCUGUGGAUGCUAGUGGGAACAGUGUUGACGUACAGAAUCUGGCGUUGAGCGCUGUGAGCAAAGCGUUGAAAGGUGGUAGGUAG